AAUCGUUCGUCAUGGAGAGUUCUUGUCCCGAAAGGGAAACAGCGACGAGUUAGGCUCUCUCGAUUCAGGACACUCAAGGAGCGAUCGGUAGUGAUUGACUGUAACUCGAAUAGAAAUUCAAUAUUGCAACUAAGAUAGAAAUUUAAUGCCGCGAUAAUUGCGUGUUCUUUAAACGGACAGGUAACGUCCGACAAUUAAUACGCCCCCACGCACAUGACAGACGAUCGGCGGACGGUGAUCCGUGUGCAUCGCCCGGUAGUAGGUUGGCAUACACAGGUGUGGAAGUGGUAAGAAAUCUACCAUCUCCAAACCGUUCGCUUCCCUUCUUCUAGUAUCCGUGGUACAAUGCGGUGGUGAAGUUUUCUGUGCCGCCACAGUCUACCUAUUCCAACACUCCCUCAAACUACUCUGGACCUCGAUUUUGCUUUAUUCCUCGGAGAUGUACGACUGAUGAUUACCAAGGGAAUUUCCCGAGGGUCUCUUCGUGGUCGGCCAUGGGCGGUGUGCAAAGUGGAACUCAUAAUCUUGGCGAGGCGUUAUGGGUACAGGAACGACAACGGCAGAAGUGCCAUCGAGAGGGCAGUCGCUACGAUUCCCACUCGGCGCAGUCGACGCAGGAGCGCAGCAAGCUAUUGAAGCGCACGAGGAGUCUCGCAGUGAUAUCAGAAGACGAUUCUCGGCAAAAUCGAGAAGUGACAGAGCACUUUCGACUAGGCCAAUCGAGCUUCGAUCUGCCCAGGAAAUUUCAAUUGAUACCAAGAGCUAAGCUGAUCGAUCGAAAUUCUCUCAAGGAUAGACUUUCCAAGAGUCAGCAGCAUCUUUCAGAUUCCUUCGAGAAGUUCAACGAGACAAAAUCCUAUCAUUCGCGUUCGACGUGCGGUCUUCAUUCAAUUCCGCCGGGUCUCGCGUCUCUUCCAGAUCCAUUACCAUACGUUCGAGGAAAUCGUGCCAAUCCUAAUCGGCUAAAUAUCCUCGAUUGGCCGGAUCCUCCAAGACGAUAUUGCAGUGUACAGAAUUUAGAUACCGUAAGCGGAUUGAUCGACAUCGUUGAAGACACUUGGCCCAUUGAAGGCAAUCGGAGUAUCGACUGUAUAUAUACGCAGGUGAAGCGCAAACAUAAGGAGCAUAGGAGUUUAGACAGCAUCGCCUUCGAGGACGACGCGGAGUUGGAAUACUUCGACGUAUUGAAUUUACUGCCUCUUUCUAACAUACGGUUGGGAUACGACGAAGCUGUCUUGUCGAAAGACAAUAAUUUUACGGCAAAGACGAAACAGGUGCACGGUUCGCGACACUUAAGAGUACUCGAACAUAACGAACCGAGCAGCGCGAGCGAGGUUUCACCGACAAGGAGCAGCAACGCCACGGACGAGGAGAAAUGUAAAGAGCACACGGUAAAAGAGGAUAAUCCCGCUUUAACUGAUAGUUCUGAGAAAAAGGUCCGCGAUCUCAAUUUGUCCAAGGCAACGGAUUCGAGACGACGAGACUCGGUGAAACGAGAGCGUCGUAAAUCUGAUGAAAGUCUCGAAAAAGACUCGCAGAUUAGCUUGACGAAUAAAUUUGCAGAUCAGCGCGUUCUUUUCUCCUCGUCCAAAACUGAUCAGAAUCAUAGGAAAGCCGAUGUCGAAAAUCUCGUGACUUCCUGCGAGGAGGAUCGCAAGGUCGAGGAGGUAGAGGAUUACAAGUCGAUUUGGAUCUCGGAUAACGAGGAUCACGAGAUGUCACGAAGACCGCAGGUACUCAAAGUCGUCGAUAAUGACGUCACUAAAAGACGCCAUCGGCGUUCCGUCGUGGAGAUUGAUGCCAUCGUCGAGGACAUGCCAAAGGAUAAAAUAUCACAGAGCAUUACGAAGGAGACGAACGAGCGCUUCGAUGUCUCCGUGAUUAAAUCAAAUAAUGCGAACAAGGACGAUGAAGUUCAUGGAAAAAAUGCAAAGGACGCUACGCUGCCGGAAAAUGUGGCGACGGUGGAGGAUGCGAGAAAUUUCUUCGAGCGGAAAACUACGGAGAAGGAAACGACUCGAAAUAAGCAGAACGAGGGCAGAUUCGAGAGGAUCGUGAAGGAGACAUCUAAUAUUCUCGGCAAGGCGUGCAACGUCGUAAAGGGCAGUUUAGGCUUCGAGGCGAGAUCGGAAAGCUCCGAUCUCGGUCUCGGUUCUGAAUCUGGAAGUGACUCCCGUAGACGAUCGAUGGAUGACGGUGCUGAGGAUGAUCGACUGUCCAGAAAUGUCGAGAACUCAUUGUCAGCCGCACCAAAAAUCGGUGACGGUAAAAAAUCUCAUACUAAUCUGACGAGAUCAAGGAGCUGCGUGGACUCGAUAGAAUGCCAAGACGAUGGUCCGGAAUUCGAUCACGUGCGCUAUAAAAUCGUCAAGUCGCAUAUGUUCAGCAAGAAUAUGUUUAACACCGCUCGGGGCGAUGUCACAUACGAAGGACUAAUGCAGUACCUGCGCGAAUAUUCGUUCCAGGAAUUAAUGAUGGACAACAACGUCGUCAUCAUCGAGCCGGUUCGUGCCGAACCAGUUGAACGAAAAUCGUCACCAUUGACCAGAACGGAACCCACGUGCAAGAUUGCAGGCGCGAUUCAGAAAAAGAUGGAGAACUGUGAGAGAAAUGAUGAGCAGUCCGAGAACAGGAGCACUGGUAAAAGCUCCAGGCAAUCGUCCAUCAGAAAGCACUUCUUCUAUCAUCCUAUACGAGUGAACCGCGAACUAAUUGACGAGGAGCUACCGGAUCCAGAUACAGUAAAAAAUGUGAGACGUAUGUUCGAAAACACUCUCGAGAAAAAGAAGAACGCAUCCGACGCCGAAUUUUCUGGGGAUUGCAAGAAUAGGAGAAGCAUUAGCAUGAAGGAUUUGACUAGCAUCGACGACAGUCGAUAUGACGAAAUGUCUGACAAAACACACGAAGAGUCAAGAUGUUCCAGUAGGGCGAAAGAUCUUACGAGGCUUUUCGAAACCAAGUCCGCGUCAUCAACUGCCUUUAUCGUUAAUAAGGAAGAACCCGGAAGUCCACGAAGCGAGUCAAAGACGCGAAUUCUCGCGCAAAGUUUCGAAGCUCGGAGUAGGAACUCGUCGCCAAAUGGUUCAAACUGUUCUAAGAAUAAAGUCGGCCGUUAUCAUCAUCAUCACCAAAACUGGGAUACCGGGAGUGUGAGUUCCGGCGUAUCUAGCGAUUAUCUUGACACCGAUCCCGGGAGUGGCGCUCACUGUACAUCAUCUGAUGAUGACGAUGUGAAUUGUAACGAUGAUGACGCGAAUGAGAAUGGUCCGGGGCACUACGUAUCGCAAGACGUCCUGAAGAAAAUUCGCGAAUGUGGCACUUCGGUAACUUAUUACGGCGGGAAAGUUGUGAACAUGCACAAUGGACCGUUCAUAUCACCGCUGAUUGGUAAUAGCUUCAAGCGGGUCAAUAAAUCGAAUGAUUAUGUCAAGUUCAAAUUGGUGAAGAGCAAUUCGUGCGAUAGUAGACUAGAGCUGACCGGCAGACUCAUUGAGGAGCACCGCAAUUGCGAUAGAGAUGCUAAUCUCAGGCAAUGCACCAUCGCGGAGACACCUAGCAUCGAGAUCACGACGAUCGAUAGCAGGCAAGAAAAUGAGGAGCAGAGAGAUGACGGUAUCGAGCAGGUCGAACAAAUGAAGAGAGAACCACCGGUGGUGAUUGGUCUGGAGCCGAAGAAAGAAGAUUCUAAGGAGACGAGGAGGACUUUCAAAGCUGACUUUAAGCUGGGCGAUCUAGACGACUUGAGAUCCAAUUAUCCGAGCAAGUUUAUGCCGAGUGCGUUAACGAGAUGGGAAGCAAACACGAGCUGGAGAGUCGGAAAUGACUUCGGUAAAAUGGAGUUUGAGGAAUUCGAGGUGCUCGAGGAUAGUCUGAAUGGGAUCGACGGACAGGAUCAAUAUGUGCAGGAUCAAGAGUCCUGAAUGAGAAGUUUCUUGUACAAUAUGGUUAUUUCUUUGAUGCGCGAUAGCGAGAAUGAACGAAGAUUGGAGAUAACGCGAUUAUUAUUCUUAAUAAAAUUAAAUAAGAUUUCAUGGUAUUAGUGAAAAUAAUCGUCUCUUUUGUAAGAAUGAUAUGUAGUUUAUGAAAAAAUUAUUUCCAAUUGUACAAGAAUAAACUUUGUUAAAAAAAGUUGAAUAUUGUUGACAAAAGUUUCUAAUUUUGAAGGAAAUGUUAAAACAAAUGUUUCUGGCAGCAAAUAGUAAAAAUGCCGCAAAAGAACAUUGAUAGUCAAGAUAAUUUAUUAUUCAAGUUGAUCAAUUAAUCUAUUGCAGGUGGAUAAAUCCACACGAGUCAUAUUUUAUAGCGAUAUACAUAGCAAAAGUUAAAUAUGAAGUUAUAGUACAUAUAUAUAGUUUCCAUAUAAUAUUGUAUGUAGUAUACAAAGCAUAGACAAACGAUCAACAUUUGAGUGUAAUGUGUAAUAAAUAAUGUAUGUAAUAUGUGUGUGAUUUUAUUUAAUUAUAUAUUAAUUAUUGUCUAUCUUUGUAAAUUCUAAAAGAUUAUAUAACUAUUAAAUAUUCUAUUUUUUUCCAAAUAUCGAUGAAAAAUUAAAUUGUUCGAUAUUUUACAUUAUAAUGAAGGUUGCAAGCAGUUGUAUAAAAAUAAUAUUGUAUUUACAAAUGGUUUAUCUCUAAUCUAUAUUCAAACUAUAAUAUCACGCAGCUUGAAAUAGAAUGAAUGACAUAGUCAGGAAAACUGGCUCGAAUACAUGGCACAUAUUUUAAAACGCAAAUUCCGAAUUAAAUGACAUGUUGGAAGUGCAGGUGACGCGUCAUUAUUUUUGGCUAUAUAUAUUUUCAGAAUAGCGCUGUUGAUUUAUCGAUUCUUUUGAAGACUUAAUCGUAAAUUUCAAGGGAAAUCUUGGCAAGCAAAAUCCAUCGUUUAGUCUGAUAUGUUUU